GGGCGGCGCUGUCACUGUUAUGGUCCUGUCAGGGCGCCGGAGUCCUGGUGUUUGGGCGCUCGCCACCCGUUGGACUUCGGUGCGGCUGCGUCGGGGGGCCGCUGGGUGGACAGGCUUGCGCGUCGCCGCCCUCACUCCAGCUGUCGCCUCCCGGCUCACAGGCCGCCUGGUAGCGCUAGUGUGCGUGUAGCCACCGAGGCCUGGGCCCAGCCGCUCCUCAGGCACAGCCUCGGGCCGGCGGGAUGCAGCCACCCGGCCCGCCCCCGGCCUAUGCGCCCGCCAACGGGGACUUCACCUUUGUCUCUUCCGCGGACGCGGAAGAUCUUAGUGGUUCUAUAGCAACUCAAGAUGUCAAAUUAAACCUCGGUGGAGAUUUUAUCAAAGAAUCUACAGCUACUACAUUUCUGAGACAAAGAGGGUAUGGCUGGCUUUUGGAAGUUGAAGAUGAUGAUCCUGAAGAUAACAAGCCACUGUUGGAAGAAUUGGACAUCGAUCUAAAGGAUAUUUACUACAAAAUCCGCUGUGUUUUGAUGCCAAUGCCAUCACUUGGUUUUAAUAGACAAGUGGUGAGAGACAAUCCUGACUUUUGGGGUCCCCUGGCUGUUGUUCUUUUCUUUUCCAUGAUAUCAUUAUAUGGACAGUUUAGGGUGGUCUCAUGGAUUAUAACCAUUUGGAUAUUUGGUUCAUUGACAAUUUUCUUACUGGCUAGAGUCCUGGGUGGAGAAGUUGCAUAUGGCCAAGUUCUUGGAGUCAUAGGAUACUCACUACUUCCUCUCAUUGUAAUAGCCCCUGUACUUCUGGUGGUUGGAUCAUUUGAAGUGGUAUCUACACUUAUAAAACUGUUUGGUGUGUUUUGGGCUGCCUACAGUGCUGCUUCAUUAUUAGUGGGUGAAGAAUUCAAGACCAAAAAGCCUCUCCUCAUUUAUCCAAUCUUUUUAUUAUACAUUUAUUUUUUGUCCUUGUAUACUGGGGUGUGAUCAAGUUGUACAUGAGUAGAAAAAAAUGUUACAUUUGUUUGUAAGCUGAGAAUUCUUGCUGAAGGGAUCAGAGAAAACGUUGCUGGUAAAAUGUUAUACAUUCCAGAUAGAACGGCAGGUUCAAGGUCUUUAUAAAACAAUAUUUUUUGUAUUUAAGUAAUUGCAGUUAUCUGGGAUUUUUUGGUCAGAAUUCUAAAUUCUGUUUGGUUCUUCAUAUUCCAGUGAAUAAAAUAAAAAGCAUUGUGUUUUUAAGAUUGUGUCAAUAUUCACCUGAAAACCUGUGCCAAAAGCACCUAGCUGGGUAAUUAUUUCUCAUUGAAGUAUAAAUUUGACAACAUCCUGAUAAUCUAAAAGUGCAAUUUUUUUCUUAAAUUUUCUCCUGCACCACAGAUCCUGUAGAUAUAUAUUUAUAUUUAUACAUAUAUAUUUAUGAAAUAAUUCUUAUUCACAAAAUAUAUUUCUGAAAAGCCUAAAAAUUAAGAUAUUAAGCCUGAUGCUUAAACUUUUUUUCAUUUAGCCAUAAAUCUUUUUUUUUUAAUUUUGAACCUAAAUUUUGGUUUUUAAAUUGUAUGUAAUUUUAAAAAUAAUGGUUGCUGAUGUAGAUUUGGUUUGCGGGUAUGUGAUCUUAAAAAACAUUUUUGAGUGUCUGAACAUCUGAUUUAAAGUUUCUGUCUCUCUUUUUAACUAAAGGAGCAAGAGGUAUAAUGGAUAUAGCAUUAAUUGAAAUCAUCAAUACAGGAAAAAGUAUUUAUAGCAUCAGUAAAUAUUUUUUAAGUGGUACCUAUAAAUCAGAAAAGUCAUGGGAAAGAGACCUUUAAAAUCUUAUGGUCCUGAACAAUGUUUUAUGAAGUAGAAAAUAAAAUGUUUUCCAGCUGUGUGCUUUGUUUUACAA